AUGUUAACGGCUCUAUUUGUAUCGGUAAUCGUAUCACUUAUUGUUACGAGCGUACGAGCAACAGCUUCGGUGUUCAAUAACGCAAUUCAAGAUCAACCAGAAGUAGAAUGUGGACAAGGUACUAUAGCAGUACGAGUGCGAACAACAUCCAAAAAACCAUCGUAUAUCUUUGCCAAAGGUCAUUUUCACAAAGAUGGUUGUCACUUCAAGCAAACCGAUCAUGCAACAUUCCAUUUUGAGCAGUGUGACGUGAAUAGGAAACGUGAAGUAAAUCCACGUGGAAUGGCUUAUUCAUUUACAGUUAUUGUACAACUUCAUCCGUUAUUUAUUACAAAAGUGGAUCGAGCUUAUAAUGUUCGAUGUUUCUAUAUGGAAGAGAAUAAGGAGGUUGAUGCUGAAUUAAAAGUUAGCGAUUUAACCACAUCAAUGCUUGAAUCAGGACAUGCAAUGCCUCAGUGUUCUUAUACGUUACAUCGAGAUUCCCCGAAUGGACCGGUAUUACGAUAUGGUCGAGUAGGUGACAUCGUAUUUCAUGUUUGGGACUGUCCAUCAGAUGUUUAUGCAAUGCUCAUUCAUAGUUGUUAUAUUUUGGAUGGAAAAGGCGGGGAGCAUCAAGUUAUCAAUGAAAAUGGAUGUUCAACAGAUGAUUUUAUCAUUCCACAAUUGACAUAUUCUAAUGAACUUACUCGUAGUUUUGCGGGAGCUAGUGUUGUAAAUCUUCCGGAUCGAGAAUCGAUUUAUUUCAGUUGUCAAGUGAAAUUAUGUUUCAAGAAAGGAGAUUACUGUACCAAUGUGACGCCACCACGUUGCGAUGAUCAAAUUUUCAUUCCAACAAAUUCGAAAAAUGAAGCAAAUCAUAUCGAAGAUGAAUUACAAAAUGACCAACUUCUGUACACAACCACUGGUCCAUUGGCCACAUCGAAUACUGUUCGAAUUGUCCAGGGCACUCUGCCAGAUGUGACAAUUUCUCCGUCAUCCAAGAAUUCAUCUGAGUUCCAAACUUUAUCCACCACUUCACUAUUCACUGAUCAUAUUACUGCUACAGUGAAAUUAUCUGAUGCAAAAUCAUCAGAAAUUUUUUUGGAUGAAAUUCCGAAGCAAAACAAAUUUUCGAAAUUUCGCAUACAACAAAAUGAGAGUAACAAAGAGUUUAGUUACGAUAUAGAAGGUUCGGGUGAAAAUGAAAAUUUGUUAAAUGUAACAAAUGAACGAAGCAUAGCUAUUCCUGAUAUUGUUCUCACUAACGUUGGAAGUUCAACUAAAAUCUUAGAGACAACAAUGAUAACAAUAACGACAACAACAACAACAACAACAGCAACAACAACGCCAACAACAGCGUCAUCAUCAUCAACAACAACAACAACAGCUGCAAUGACAACUUCUGGGAUUGAAAUUAUCAGAGAAAUAAAUUCGACGAGAGGGCGGCGAACAAUUUCUGAAAAUAAUUAUAAUAUUGUUGACUUGGAUGUUGCCACACAACAGCUAAAAAUUCUCGAAGAAGGUUUUGAUUUACCCGAACAAUUAACAAAAUCAAAUUUAAUAAAGGAUCACAAUGAAGAAAAUGUAUGCAUACCAGUGUUAAGCAUGUGGAUUCUAUCAGCAUUUUCAUUAUUGUCAAUAUCAAUAGCUAUUGCAACAAUUAUUUACUCUAAACUUUCUAGUCGAAAGAUGGCAUUAUUUUAUCAUUAUUAG